GGAUCCCAAAAUCACGAUAUUUCCGACACACAACCUGAGGAGAGAAAGCAAGAAAACAUUGCAUCAAGUUCCAAGAGUGACUUCAGCAAGAGCAUGGGUAUAAUCCCUGACAGAUAUGGUGCGCAAUCACGUUUUGAGAAGAUUUUGGGUGUAAAAACUGUGAAGGGGAGGAGAAAAUGGGAAAGAUGAUGUGAACCGAGUGCCAUAACAGGAAACGCGUGUUGCGCUGUAGUUUCUGCUGAUCGUUUGACAGCUCUGCCCUCCACCUUGUUUCCACAUAAAGCAGACACAGUCGUCUUAAAAUCAGCAGUCCGAGCCUCAUGCAGCAUCUUCAUAGUGAAACCACGAUCUCCUCCAGAAAUGGUGCUAAAGCCGGGGUUACACAAAAAGCUUAUGCUUCUAGUCCUUGGUGUUUGCUGCGCCUUUGUGAUGUUGGAGAGGAUGACUGAUUUUCAGCGUCUGGGCAGGGAAAAGAAGCCCAACAUUACCAUUCUUCUGUGGUACUGGCCUUUUGGCGUUCCAUACAGCCUGAGUAAUGACACAUGUCAAAAGAAACAUGGCAUCUCCGGGUGUCGGCUGGUGGACAACCCCACACAGUAUUCCACCGCUGAUGUUGUUGUCUUCCAUCACUAUGAGCUAAAAACUGGCAUCCAGAAGCUUCCGCUUCAUCUCCCUCGACCAGAAUAUCAGAGAUGGCUUUGGAUGUCUCUAGAAGCACCACAAAGCAAUGGGGAUUUAAGUCGGUACGCUGGGAUCUUCAACUUGACCCUGUCAUAUCAUCCUGGUGCAGAUGUUACAGUACCGUAUGGGAAGAUUCAAAAGAAAGACGGCAACGCGGAGAGCGAGGUGUUUGUCAUACCAAAGAAUAAGACCCACCUGGUUUGUUGGGUGGUCAGUAACUACAACAAUCAUCACACAAGAACUAGCGUGUAUCAAGAACUUCUUAAGCUCAUCCCUGUGCAGGUGUACGGACGUGCUGUAAAAAAGCCCCUGAGCCAGGAUGUUUUGCUGCCCACGAUUUCCCGUUGCUAUUUCUACCUCGCUUUUGAGAACUCUGUGUAUCCGCACUAUAUUACAGAGAAACUAUGGCGCAACGCGUUCGCGGCUGGCACCGUGCCUGUAGUACUAGGUCCACCACGAAGUGACUACGAGGCCGUCGCGCCACCACACUCAUUCAUCCACGUCAACGACUUUGACUCCAUAGCCACCCUGGCCAAAUUCCUAAGAGACAUAGCCGGAGAUGAAAACCGCUACAGGUCUUACUUCUCCUGGCGCAAAACCUACUCUGUCAAACUAUACGACGAUUGGAGAGACAGGCUUUGUAACAUUUGCCGGGUUUAUGGCCAACUUCCGUCUCAUAAAAUAUACCACACAUUAGAAGCAUGACCCCAAAGGCAAUUAAACUGACUCAUCCUGGUUUACCCUUUGUUUUAUUGCACAGGAAGGAAUGAUGAACCCAAUUUAUACAAAAAAAAGAGCCAAGUAGAAAACUACUUGUCAAGUAAUUCAUAGUUUAAAGAAAGGUUCCUUUGCAGAAGUGCAAGAGGGAAUUGCUGCAGCAUCUGAAACCAUAGAUAAGCCUCGUUUCCUCUUUUUUUUCAUAUAACGCUAAUACCUGACACGGGUAUUUACAGUCAAACUAAACCUACGUUUAGGGCCCAUGUUAAUUUGCACUCAGUUAUUUUUGACUCACGCCUUCCCCCGCAUUCUCGUCUUCAGCCAGUAACAAAACACUGGAAAGGAAGAGAAAAAAAAAAAAUAAAAAUUAUAUACUAUCUUUUCUGCAAGGACAAAACACUAGACUCGAACAGUCAAAAAGAAUCGUUUUAAUUACCGACACUCCAAGUCAGGAAAUGCACGCAAUUUUCAGAAAUGCUAAUCACUUCAAACUUGUCAAUAAAUUAGCACAUUUCACAUCAUUUACAGUGUUGUAUACAAGAGUGUUCAUCGAUAUGUGACAAGCAAAUAAGGCACGGGUUAAUUAAACGUUCGAAAUGCAGAAAUGUGUGUAUGCAGGGUUAAGUUACCAAAUACGGCCAUAAGGAAGCAGUGUUUAAUGCUCUUUCAAAGGCCAAAAUGAUUCUCGUAUACCAUCUCUUUAGCUCGACAAAAGGAUUCAGAAUAAAAACGAUCAAAACCUUUGA